AUGGGUCGCUGGGGAUUCCGCCUUUUUGAAGGCGACAGUGAUAUUGACAUUGCAUGUGUCAUGCCCGACGGCCUUUGCAUCCAGACAGGAAACUGGGAGCACACCCUCGCUUCGACGGUUUUCCAAACCGAUAUGCUCGCACCUGCUCAGGCGCGUGCACGCUAUCGCACAGAGGAGUACAAAAAUGAGCUUGCCGAUGAGAUCGUCCCCUAUGUGCGUUGGAAGCUCGACACAAAUGGCCUUGGUGACCAGCUCUUUGCCGCCUACCGUGCCGAAGAGACCAAGCCACCUGGUAUGAAUGGUAAUCCUCGCUACAUUACAAUCAUCUUCGGUGCUCUGAUGCUACGAGCUGGUGCCAAGAUCAAGGCUGAGGAUCUGCAGCACUUGCGUGCCUUGGUUCCUCAGGUGAACUGCCGCCCCAAUUGGAUUCUUGGUGAUGACGAUUUCCGCACCCCGGGUCGCGCCCAAUUCCUUGCUGCGUUGGAUCGCUACCAGCCUGGUGUCCCGAGUGACUUCCAGGAACCAAGUUGCUUCCAGUGUGGCAAGGUCGAGCGUGAUAUUGGCAAAGUUCCAAUGUUUUGCAAGCGGUGCAAGAAUGCUUGGUACUGCAACAAGGAUUGCCAGCGACAGCAUUGGCCGGAUCACAAAGUCGUUUGUGUUGCUCCCGCAAACCGGCGUACGCUGAACGUCUAA